GUGAGAUUUCAACCUUACCGUAACUGUCAGUUUCCGCGCUGCCAGUGUCAAUAGUGUCAACAAAACUCAAAUGAGAACAAGACGAUCAACAUCGUUUAUGAAAAACAGUUAUUGAAAUUUCACAUUACAAGCGACAAAUAAUAUCUAGUCCACAUGUAGUGGCGCACUACUUUUGAAGAUCUGUUCUAAUUUCUAGUAAGAUUACUCCUUUUGUUUGUCAUAUGAUACAAGUGUCAAGUUUAGGAUUUCCAGUGUUAUCUAAAAUCAGGUUUCUAAACAUUCCAUUCUAAUUCAAUACCGUAUGCUCAUUACUCAUAACUAGGAUUCAAAUCAGGUAACAAUGUGGUGUCCAACCCAUGUUCAAGUAACUGUCCAAAAAGCAGAAUGUGAACUCUUCAAGGGUAAAAACAGCACCAAUGAUUGUUUUGUUACAAUUGCCUUGGGCAAGAUCAAAUAUGAGACAUCAGUUAAAGAAAAGGCUGGAAGACAGGUUGAAUGGCAUGAGGAAUGUGAACUUCCGAUACCUGACCAAGGCAACACAGCUGAGAUUAUCUUAACAGUGCUUCACCGUAACUAUUUAGGCAUUGACGAAUUCUUAGGACGAGUCACUAUCCCUCUGCAUUCUCUAGAUAUUUAUGAAAGGCCUAAAAAUAAGUGGUAUACUUUACAAAGCAAAACAGGAAGUGAAAAAAAGAAUAAGGAGCGUGGAAAACUGGAAGUAAAAAUCGGCUUCACUGUGAAAUCAGGCAGCCUGACCAACUUGAGCAAAAAAGAAAAACACAAAUCCUCGAUCGGCGGACUGUCCGCAGUUGCCCAAUCAGUGGGCGGCAGCUUAAUGAGCUUGGGCAGUGUCGAAAAAAGAAAAGGAAUUAAAAAAUUCGCUAAAUCUAUAGGCUCAAAGAUGCACCUUAAAGUGAAGAAAAAAGGGCACGAAGACGAUGAUUCCUCAGUGGGAAGCAUGGGUAGUUUAUAUAAUAGAGUUAACAAUCCUGAAAAGUUCAGGAGCAGACAAACUUUGGAGGACGCGGACCCAGGAGUUGUCAGUGACGAGGAUGAAUUUACGUUCGAUGACUUGUCACACAAAAGUUCGGCCAGCUCGUUGAGUCAACCUUCAACUCACAUAAAUGCAUCACCAAUUAUCAAAGUGUCUUCGUUCGAGAACAUAACACCCAGUGAUAGUUUUAAGAAAAUAGAAGAAGGUAGCCUUCCACCUACAAAACCGCCAAGGGCGGAACUGUUGAGACCCCAGGACGAAUGGGAAUCAAAGCUCGUUGGAAACAAAAGUAAAACUCCAUCCCGUCCUGGCAGUAGCGAAUCUUUGAACAGAAGAUCAUGGGAUGCAGCGUCAAAGCUAGCAACCCAGAUAGAAGAAGAUCCGAAAGAUCUACUAGAGCCACCGCAAACCAAGAAGGACAAACCAAAAACUCCAGAAACACCGAAAAAAGAAGAAAAGGAGGGGAUGUUUUCGAAAUUCAAAAGCAAAAACUUCAGAAUGGAUAAAGAAAUAAACUCGGAGCAUGAUAAGAUAAACAAUCUAAGAGAACGUAUUAUUAUAGGAGGUGAGAAUGAAACGAUAAAGGUCACCCCAACCAAUAACAGCAAAAUAUCCAAUGAACUUUUGCAGAAGUUCAAGGGCAAAACGCGAGAGGAUCUGAUUUUGGAACUGAACGAAUCACGGAGUGACUUGGAAAAACAAAAGAAGAAAUUAAAAGACUUGGAAGAUUAUCUCGAUGACCUGCUUUUGAGAGUAAUGGAAACGACGCCAAGAAUAUUACAAAAUCCUUAUGUUCAGUGCAAACUGGCACACAAGCAGUAUAGUCAGUCAACUUAACUUUUAUCAAACGUUAUACAGAGUGAGUCAGAACGCAGAAUCCAGCAGCUGAAUAUUAGGGGCAUCAGCUGCAGAUUGUUACCUUAAUCAAUGAAUAUAGGGUAAAUAAUCGAAGGGUGAACAGUUUCUGGGGAGGUGGUUGAAAUGAAACCUGGGAACGAAUUCGAAUAGGUUAAAAGGAGCCUAGUCUAUACAGUGUGAUUCUCAAGUCGUGAUCAAAAAUGAAACAUACACAGGACCGCAUUUGAAGGGGGAUCUUCUGUGUAACAUUUCUCGGGUGCUUCAUUCAACAGAUACGAAGGUCUUCAAAACCGUCAACUGGAAUGGACUAAAAUUUUUGGUACUUGGAUUUAGCUAAGUAUAGUCUACAUUCAAAAGUAUUUACUUAAAAUUAACGUGCACCAGUGGCGGAGAUAAAGUGGAUUAGUGGCAUUAUUUUUCCAAAUAAAAAUAGUACGCCAGUUUUUCCCGAAACGAAUUUCUAAUUGUUUAUCCCAGGCCAUCACUACUAGUCUAUUGAGCAAUAUACAGGGUUAGUUCAAAGGAUAUUUUAUAGCAAAAUACACGUGUUUAUCUUGCCGAUAUCAAUCACAAACCAUUCCGGAAGAUAAAUGUUAUUUUUAUACAAAAAAGAAUGAAUUACGUUUUUUCUUCUAAACAAAUUCAAACAUACAUCUCGUAUUGGUGGGUAAUUUCUGAGUUUGCAGCGGUCAAAGCUAGAAAGAAGAGAUGUUAAUUGUAAGAUAAACAUAUUGUUUGUCUUAGUUUUUAUUGGUUUUCGUUCAAUACAUAUUUUAAAUAUAAAUAUUAAAUAAUCCAUGAAGUUUAUAAAUCAUUUGACUGUCGAUGGGGUGACACCACCAAUUUCCGCACCGGGUGCCACCCAAGGGAUCUACGCCACUGCAUGACUGUGUACGGCAUUACGUUACCGAGCGAUUUACAAACGCACCCCUGCAAAAACACAUCGCACGCUACUGCAUGUGCGGCGUCCCUUUAAAUUGAAGUCAACGAGACGCCACGCUGGUCAGUGGCGUGCGAUGUGUUCCGAUACUCUCUUCCUUUUCGGUACUUGAGUAUACAAUAAACACCAGUUAAGAAUAGUCAUUUCUGACUCACUCUGCAUUUCGCUUUUUAUAUUCACGUUGUGUGCCUGAAUGUAACCAUUGAGUAACGUAUUUUACCUGAUGAUAGCCAACUGGAGCGCUUAUCUAUAGCGUCCCCAACUUUUGCUUGGUUUAAUUUUACAUUAAUAUAACUUACAUGUAUGGUAAAACGAACAAAAAUAACUGUAAUAGAUUCAUCUAUUUCGGGUUUUUUGUCUAAAAAAAGUAUAUAUUGCACGGUACCUCGGAAUUAUAUUACUUGCAAUACCUAACAAGUUUCUAAAAACAAUAUACAGGGUGCAAACGUUAUGAUAGUCGUUAUUUAAAUGGAUGAUAGUGAGGGUUGAAAGAAGCAAAAAGUUUCAUAUAACCUGGUCAAAACGUGUGAGUAUUAUAGGAAUUUAAUAUCCCGUCGCAAAUUUAUCCCUGUAUUUUAUAUACAGUUACAUUUAAACCACCUAGAGAAAAUGCGAAAAUUGUUCGUGAGGCUACAGCUAAACUCUCGAGUUUAUAUUCACGUGUCCAAAAAAAAUUAUCAGAGAUGAAAUGAGGUCAUUUAUGAGGAUUUAUGACAGCGUUUCUCUAUAAAUGCUGUGAAAAGGUUGGCCCUCUUCAAGUGGAAUACGUUAAUCUAUGAUGUAAAAAAAAGUUGGAUAGGUACAAACAGAUUUAGUUCUAGCAAAUGUACUUCUUAAUCAAUCAAUGCUAAUACGUUCCAUCCAAAGCUAUUUGCAACAAUUUUCACGAAUUUAAUAACAGAGGUCACUGAAAGGAGUACUUACUGCAUGCCGUUGUUUCCUUUUCAUUAUACUGAUUGUGGCAUUAUUUUUACGCGAGAAAAAUAUACUGAAAAUAAGACGAGACGUUUAUGUAAACAAGAAAGUGCCCCCUAACGAAAGUUUAGUAUGUUGUAAAUUUCUGUUCUACUAACUUAGGAUAUAAUAUGAAUAUUUGUUUAAAAAACGUUUUGUCAAUCUUCAGCGUGCUUUUACAUGAUAAGCUCCCAAGCAUUGAAAAGGGCUUAAUUUUUAUAUUUAUUCCAAUGUGCCUUCUGCAAUAGAAGUAUUGGCAAUCCUUAAAUUCGCCUGUAUACAUCACUUAAAUAUAAAGGAGUAACUUUUUCUUUGGUGCUAUCUAGCAAUUCGUUUUUAACGUAUCAUCUUACUGGACGAUUGUAAAAAUGGCGAAAGUAUCAGUGUUACUCAAGUCAAAUCUAAACACUUCUUAAUAUUCGCCAUUUUAAAGUGCCUUCAAAAUUUCAUAUAACAAAACCGAGAAUAUUAGCUCGUUCAUAAGACGGAAAUACUGUAAAUAUAUGUUUCUGGAAAGGUGAAUAUACAGGGUGGCUCAAAAUAACGUCAUUCUGUUGCGUGCAGGUAGAAGACUUCAAUAAAUAAGUCACCAAAAAACCGAUAUAUUGGCUACUAAGCGGAAAAAUUUACUCUUGUUUAACAUCGAUAAAAAAAACACUCGUUUCCCUUAACAUGACUUAAUCAGGUUUUAGAUACAGGAGAAUGGCGUGUUAUCUAGGACACCCUGUAUGUUCUCUAGACAUCACAACUCGUAAUGAAACCAAAUCAAUACUCUGGAAGAAGUUUUAACAGGAUAUAAAUAUUUGUGAUAGCUGUAUUAUUCAAAUAAAUUUAGAUAAAAAUGUUGCGACACAUGUUUUAGUUUACUAACAAAUCUAAAUAGUUCUCACAAUUUAGCCUGUAUAAAUGGUUCACUAAGGGAAUAGGUUUAAACUUAUUUUCAAGCGAUUAUAAUGAGCCUUUUAACUGAUGUGAAAAUCAUUGAUUUCAGUUUUAUUCAUGAAUGAGAAUCUAGAAUUAUUUAUGAAUAUAAAACAAUUUAGAUGAAAACUUAUUAUUGAAACCUGAAACUUUAUAUUUUUUUUUUUUACUUUUUUGCCAUACUCUGUAGGAAUUAUGAGAUUUAUGACAAAUCCAAGCUAAUAGAUGUUCCAUAGUGGUCGAAAAAUACUGGAGUCUGUUUUUUAUUUGAAUAUUUGGGAAAAGAAUUCGUCCAAUUUUUUGGUGCUGUGAAUUGAAAAAUUUAUGAGGAAGACUAAAAUAUUUCAUUUGUAACCCACAUCACUUAAACCUUGUUUUUUCAAUGUACUUGUUAUGUUUAGCUUUUAUUAUUGUAACUAAUAUAUUGUGACUUUUUGUUAAAAAUCUAUUAACCUCUUUAUUAUAUUCAAAUGGAUUGUAUGAUAUUUAUUUGCUAUUUUUAAUUAUGGUGUUAUAAGUAUCUCAUAUAUUUUUGUAUACAGUUGAGAUACCUGCAAAUAAACUAUUUUUGUCAUAA